AUGAAAUUAGCGAACAGAAGUAUUACUCGCCAGAGGAGCAAAAAUGUGAAGAGCAGUUUAGAGCAACAGUUUAGCGAAAUUCAGAAGGUCGAUUCAUUGUCGGACUGUCUCAGCGAGAAGACGUUUCUCUUGGAGAUUCGCCCGGAAAUAAAGCAAGAAUAUGUAAAAUUUAUGGAACAAUAUCAAUUACUUGGCCACAUGUCACUAGUCGAAAAGAACGAAUCAGGGGACUCAUCGAAUACUUAUUAUUUACCACACCAUCCAGUAAUAAAGGAUAAUGCCUUGACAAGCAAACUAAGAGUAGUAUUUGAUGCGUCCGCUCGAUCUGAAUCAGGAGUGUCUCUGAACCACAAGUUAUUAGUAGGAGCAGCUCUGCAAGACACUUUAUUUGAAUUACUGCUAAAGUUUAGGCUUCAUCAGUAUGUCCUAACUGCAGAUUUGGAAAUGAUGUAUCGACAAGUCUUAGUGAGAAAAAAGGAUAGAGACCUACAAAGGAUCUUAUGGAGAGCCAAGUGA